GAGAGAGAGAGAGAGGAGAGAUGACUGAUGCUUGAGUAUAACAGGGAAGAUUACAAAAGAACAUUACAAACAUUUCAGAGCUCAGAGCUUUUGAUAGAAAAAGAGAUCAUUAUUGACUUUUAGGUGCCGUGAUGGCUCUUUCAGUUCUCCUUAUGCCUCUGGUCUUGUUCUUGGGCCGAACAUCAGGAGCUGAUGUCAAUCCAGCACUGCCUUUCUCUGAGUAUCUGGACUCAAAUGCUAACGUCCUGCUCAGGUGGGGUUUUGACCUGGUAAAGGACACCAUCACGUUCGAGGUGACGGUGAACACCACGGGCUGGGUCGGCUUUGGGUUCAGUCCCAACGGUGGAAUGGCUGGAUCAGAUCUCGUCAUCGGAGGAGUCGGCCCUGGUGGGAUAUAUUUCACGGACAGAAAUGCGGCCGGGAACUUCAUGCCUGCGCUGGACCAGAAGCAGGACUCUAAAGUCCUCUCUCUGACCGAGGUGAAUGGACAAACCGUGAUGAAGUUCCAGCGAUCCAUCAAGGCCUGUGAUGAAAAGGACCUCCCUAUCACGGACGUGCCGGUGAAGCUGAUCUACGCCUAUGAUAACACCGAUGUCAUCGGCUAUCACAAAACCCUGCGAGGCACAAAGGAAGUGAACCUUCUGAACUACAUGCCCCGGACCAGCAUCCCUGACAGCAAAUACUUUGACAUGACCAUGACCAACUUUACUGUACCUGCCAUAAGUACUUACUACCAUUGUAAGAUUAUGAGCCUUCCAGAAUUCGACAGAAAAUACCACAUCUACCGUAUAGAACCAGUGAUCCAGAACCAGGACCUUGUGCAUCACCUGUUGCUGUACCGCUGUCCAACAUCAGUGACCAAUCCCUCUGAAGAGCAAUGUUACAGUAAAGUCAAGCAAUCAGAGUGCAUCCAGGCCGUUGCUGUUUGGGGGGUCGGAGGAGGAGCUUUUGAACUUCCUGAAUUGGCUGGACUUCCUGUGGGUGAAGAUGGAAACGGGACCCUCUACAGACUUGAAGUGCACUACAACAACCAGUACAGGGCUGCAGAUCGUGUUGAUAACUCAGGCCUGCGUUUUUACUACACGGCUCAGCUGCGGCAGUUCGAUGCUGCUGUACUGCAGACGGGACUCUUGGUCACAGACGGGUUAGGAUACGCAAUCCCACCUAAUGCUACAGCCUUCCUCACAUACGGCCUGUGUAACACCAGCUACUUUCCCAGGGUCCUCUCUCAGUCACCAAAGGACAUACAGGUUUUCGCAGCUCUCCUGCACACUCACCUGGCAGGAAGGAAGGUGCGAGUCGGCCACUUCAGAGAUGGAGAGCAGAUUGAUUUCUUAGCGCUGAAUGAACACUACAAUUUUGAAUUCCAGCAAGUGACAAACCUGGGAAAAACCAAAACAGUUAAGCUGGGUGACACACUCUUGGUGGAAUGCACAUAUGACACGAACAAUCGAACAGGACUCACUUGGGGGGGUCUGGGAAGUAAUAAUGAGAUGUGCCUGGCUUUUCUCUACUACUACCCCGCCCUGAAUAUCAGCGUCUGUAACAGCAUUCCCGACGGGCAGAUGCUCAUGACCGAAAUGGGAGCCACUAAUGCCAUAGACUGGCUGAACAUGAUGAAGGCGAAAGUGUGGGAUAACAACUCAGUCCUGGAGUACCAACAAACGCUGAAGAGGAUUCAACAAUACAUCAUUGUUGGAAACGUAAUGAACAACGUGUUGGACACGGGGAACGUUCCUGAGCUCAAGCUGUCUCCGUCUAACAGCUGUGUGAGAAGCAGAGCCGAGAUCCAGAGCGCUGCUACAGAGAUCCUGCUGCUCGGACUGACGAUCUCGCUGAUCCUUUCGUAAACAUCUUCAUCCGCGGUCAGACGCCGGCCGUGGAAAAGAAACUAUGGAUGUAACUGUAUACGAUCGAUCAGAGGAUAUUUGCUGGUUUAAAUCAGUGUUGAAUCUGAUCAGUGUUGGAUCUAAACCGUGCUGCUGCAACUUUAUUUUGUCUAAUCUUUCAACUGUCAGUUCAAAUCAGAGAUAUAUAUAUAUAUAUAUACAUAUAUAUUUUAGAAAUUAGAUUGUGGUCUAUCUUUUAUGAUCUACAUUUCACACUGUAUGUAUAUUUGAUGAAGUUUAGACUGAGACAAGCAGAUCUUUGUGUCUGGGCUGUUAGUUUUUUGGUCACCUAUUGGACCAGCUGAUUCAACAACCCAAGAAAAACUAAAAAUAAACCCU